UUUUUUUCAACAAAAAAAUAAGGAACUUUCUUCAACUACAAACGCCUCAACGCCAUUGUUCAAAGCUAUCUGAAUAUCGUAGACAUGAACGUUAACCAAAUGCUUGCUUCACCGAAGUUGGCACCUGCUGCUUCUAUAUCCGAUUCAACUGCUCUUCAUUUGUCACCUUCGUCAACUGCAAUAGAACUUGCUCCUAUUAAAGAGAUCUCAUCCGAAUCUAAGCGAGCACGAAAUCUGAACAGGCUUCCGUCGUUCCUUGAGCCCUGUCCGACACCUACCAAAGAACAGUGGGGUAAUACAUUCCUACCUCGAAUCCAUCCACCUCUCGUUAGUUCUCCUACUUUGCUACCAUCUUCAGCGUCUUCUGUUACCUCCGAGUCUUCUAACCCGCCUUCUCCUUUAUCAAAUACCAAUAUACCUCAGAAUCUGUCUGCGGAGUCAGUAUAUCCAAAGAGCAGCAAUACGCAUAUACCCUGUCGUCAUGCACCCUCAACCGCAUUACCCUCCAUACAACCUAGGCCAGAAACACUAGUAACGGACUCAAAUCAGGCUGUCAGCAGAUGCCCUUUUGCUCAUGCCAUGGCCGGUGAUAAUAACGCGACUAUCACUAAUUGGCCAGCAAAUCAUCCUAAUGUAUUACAGAAGAAUGAUAAUGUAACGACUGAUUCGGCUGAUCAGCCACAAUCGCCUACGAUGAUGGCUGCUGCUGCUAUCGCCGCUGCUUCUCUGAAAAAUUACCCAGAAACAAUUGUAAAUGAUAAUCAUUCUGGAUCUGUUUAUUCCGCCAAUGGAACAGAUCCCAACUGGCAAGGACAACUGCAGCAUUCGGGCAAGUGUCCUAUUGCUUCCUUUUAUCGCGGAACCCAACAGACAGCAACACCAAGAACGGUCGAGCCUAAACGCCAUUCCUUUACACGUGUUGCCUUCAUGACUCAGGGUGGAAAGCGUCCCAGUAGUAGGUGUCCUUUCAGUGCUAAUCAAAAGAAGUUCCUUACAAAAAAUGAUCAUAUCAAACGUCCUCGCAAUGCUUGGAUCCACUUCCGUUGCCAUUAUGGUCAAGCAUUAAAGGCUCAAGAUCCUACGCUUCGAGCAGAAGAUAUCUCAAAGCGCGCAUCUCGAUGUUGGGCACGUUUAUCUGAGAGCGAGAAGAAGCCUUGGCAUGAUCUGGCUGAAAAAGAUAAGCAAGCACAUAAGGCAGCCUUCCCCGAAUAUAGAUACUGCCCCAGAAGAACCAAUGCUGCACUUCUGAUGCCUUCUUCUCCUUCAAAUUCCGUUCUUAAUGAUUCCGAAGAAGAAGAUUAAAAUGAAACAUCUGCUCCUCAUUCCAUGACAUCACGUGUUUAGCGCCGCCAAUUGUCUGUAUCCGUCGCCCUGUUAAUAACUCAAUGAGGUGCUUUUUACUCUUCUCAGCUAUUCAUGUAAAUUUUUUGUAUACCUCAUUCUGUAUUCUUUUCCUUACAUUUUACAUACCUACAUUAAUCUCUCUAA